CGUACCGAGCCUCAGCUUAGGGAGUCCCGAAGCUAGAACAUGUUCCUAUCCUGUUUAUCCACUUCCCACUAUUGCUAUUUAUUUUCUCUCACACACUCAGCAAAACUGUGAUUCUUUACAAACUAUCUCCAUAGCACACUCUCUCUAUUUGAUCUAGGAUUGUUGUGAAGUUAAUGUUCUGAACUUCUGAUGGCAUUGGUGUCUGGAAGAAGUUCUGAUCUGAACCCAAAUGCACCUCUCUUCAUACCUGCUGCACUUCGUGAGGUGGAGGAUUUUUCACCUCAAUGGUGGGAACUUGUGGAAUCUUCAACAUGGUUUCGUGACUAUUGGUCAAGCCAGCACAAGGAGGAAGAUUUUGGAGAAAGUGGUAUUAACUCAACUAAUGAUGAUGUGGAGAAUAUGAUUUCUGAAACCCUUGAUUUGGGCAUUGAUCAAGAAGACUUGAAUUUUCUAGAGCAUGAGUUUGAGCAGUUGGCAAUGUCUCAUGAAGAUCAAGAGUUUCCAGUUAGGGAUAUUGAUCCUAAUGAUGGAAAGAAGCCUCUUAAUGGUUUAAACAAGGAUGCUAAAGCUCUUCUUAAGAACUUGGAACCAAAAUCACCAAAGGAAAGGGGUCUCAAAUCACCAAAGCACCUUGAGAAGCCAGCACAGCAUGUUAACAUCAAGUCUGCACCUUCACGAAUUCACCAACCUCGUUGAAAGAAAGUUUGAAAGCUCGUAGUGAGAUAGCUUCCUUGAACUGCUUAGCUUCCUAGUGAGAUCUAUGCUGAAAUAACUUGUGUACAUAGAAGUUGCAGUGUUUUUUUUUGUAUCUUGUUCUAGUUUAUUGUCAUGUAUAUUUCAUGGUAGGUGACUGUUUAAAUUAUGAACAGCCAAAAUCCUUGAAUAUCUAUGCAACUUUAGAGUUGUGAGAAGAUGUGAUUAAGGUUUCAAAAUUGCGGUUGUAGCAUUGUGGAUAAUGUGGGUUGAUGUGGUAGCAAUUGCGGUCAAGACUCUCAUGAGAGAGUUCAAGUCCUUUUACAACAAUUUAAAACCCUAGAUGUGAUAUUGGAAGAAACACAUGAUGGUAGUAAGGCCAUUGCAAAAAAUGCGUGGUUGCAACUUGCAAGGUUGGCUCCUUACUAGGUUCUUUUGAAAAUGCUUAUGUUUCAUAAUGAUACAUUCACAUCUCAUUUUCUCUUC